AUGUCCCCCGCAGCUUCGUCAUCCGGUCUGCGGCAGCGCGCCACGGUCCUGGCUUCCAACAACCGCGCCGACGAUGCGGUCGCUUCUCACCCCGACGGAUCCAUGGCCGAGGCUACAACAUCCUCUCGAGCCGCACGCCUCUUCGCCUUCCUGCUCCUGUUCCGUCUGGCAAACGCCUUCCUGACCCAGACCUACUUCCAGCCUGACGAGCACUGGCAGGCCCUCGAGGUGGCCCACCGCCUCGUCUUCGGGUACGGCUACGUCACCUGGGAGUGGGUCCCAACCGCGGUUCCCUCUGCGCUGGCCGAUCAUCCCCUCGUAGCGACGUGGCAUAACCUCUUCAACGGCCCCAUCCGCAGCGUGCUCCAUCCGCUCAUCUUUGUACCCACCUACUGGCUGCUCAAGGUCUGCCGCCUGGAUGGCACGAGGCUGCUCGUCAUCGCACCCAGGCUGCAGCAGGCCGUCUUUUCCGCAAUAGGCGACUUCUACCUGUACAGGCUGGCCGAAAGGGUGGCGAGCAGGAAAGUGGCACUCUGCACGCUCUUCGUCAGCCUCACCAACGUCUACACCUUCUUCACCGCCACCCGGACCUUCUCCAACACGCUCGAGGCCACCAUCACCGUUGUGGCGCUGUACUACUGGCCCUUCGUUCCCGUUUCAGCGUGGCGUCCCCUCUCGCCCUCGUCACUCUCACUCUCGUCGACGGCGGCGUCUUCGGCAUCGACGUCGGCGUACAUCGACGAGAUACGUCCCUCGGACGCUAGCCUGGACCGCACCGUAGCCAGACGCAACAUGUACCGUCAGAGUCUGUCCCGAUCCCUCUGGCUCGCGGCCUUGGCCUGCCUACUCCGGCCCACCAACGGCAUCGUCUGGGCCUUUCUCGUUGGGCAACUGCUAUGGAGGACCGUUCGGGAGCUUCGCGCAGAUGGCGCUGACGAUAGACGGACAGUCUCCAUCAGCAACAGCAUCGAGGUCGCCGUCGAGGUCGGCGGUUUGGUCGUCGUGGCUCUCAAGGUCGCCAUCAGCGCUCUUCUGUCUGCGCUCGUCCUCGACACGCUCUACUUCUCGGACGAUGCAGCGGUGGCGACAGCUGCGUCCAGCUGGCCACGCCUCUUCGGGCGUCCUCUACCGCUCCUGACCUUGACGCCGCUGUCCUUCUUCCACCGCAACGUCGUGGCGUCGCUAUCUCUCUUCUACGGCGCAAACCCAUGGCACUGGUACGUCACCCAAGGCCUGCCCGUCCUCUGCACUCUGUGGAUUCCAUGGUGCGCUAAGGGAUGGUACAAUGCGUUCAAGGGCGCCGCUGUCACUGGCAAAAACGGACCCGUGCGCGAUCGGCGGCCCCUCAAUGACCUGGCGGCCGUGUCGCUGUGGACCACUGCGGUGCUCUCGUUGCUUGGACACAAGGAGUUCCGCUUUCUUCAACCCGUCCUGCCAUUGCUCUGCAUCUUUGGCGGCGCGGAACUGGUCACGUCGCUCCCUUAUGCGACAUCAGUGCCUUCUAAGGAUCGACGCGGCGCCCGCGGCGACGGAGACGAAGACGACGCCGACGAGGUUCGGGCACUGGCACGAGUCUGUCGCAACUUGCCGAGAUGGCACAAGGCGAUGAUAGUGUGCCUUCAAGUCCCGCUCGCCAUCUUCCUAACGACGUUCCACUGCCGCGGUCAGGAGUCAAUCACCUACGACCUGGGCAAGGCCGCCAGGAGGCAACGGGAUCAAGGCGCCAUCGACGACCGUCUGGGCAGGAUUGAGUCGAUCGGCUUCCUGAUGCCGUGCCACAGCACGCCCUGGCAGAGCAGCCUGCACUGGCAGCCGUCGACGUCGGCCACGGAUCGAGAUGAGGGCGAGAGGCUCUGGUUCAUCUCUUGCCCGCCACCCGCCUCAGACCAGGAUGCCUCGACCUACAAGGACCAAUCCGACUUCUUCUACGCCGACCCGCACUACUACCUGAGCCACCGCUUCCCGAGCUCGGUCGACAUCGCCUUUCCUUCCAGUCCUGCUGACCCGCAACCUUCCGCCGCAAGAUCGUCUCCGUUGGGGCGACACAAAGACGAUCUGGGCUGGCGUCACGUCUGGCCGUCGCACCUGGUCGUCUUCGACAACCUCCUCCAGCUUCGACCUGCCGCCUUGCCAUCGUCCGCCGACCCGGAGGACAGACGCAACGGUGGGCAGAGCAUGCAGACGGUGGGAGGUCUGCUGGCGCAGAGGGGAUACGUGGAGAGGACGCGGACUUGGAACUCGUUCAAGCACGAGGAUCCGAGGAGGGACGGCGACAUCGUCGUCCUUGUUCACCGCAGCGUGCUGCUCAGUUGA